UGGCGUCGAUGCAGGUAGGAAUAUAUUUAACAGCGCUUACAUGUUUAUAAUUUACCUGGCCUUUAGUCUUGUCUUUCGUGGUAGUUUAUUCGACACUUUAUUUACGUAAUGUAUUUUCUUCAAGUAGUGAUGACAUUAAAGUUAAAGUGAUUGGAUUUAGCGCUUGGUCUUGGUAGCAACACAACUAGCCCAUCUUCAUCAACAAGACCAAGUCAAGGCUAACGUAUAUUGAUAUAUUCCACUAUAUCCCACUGCAUUGUUGAUUGGCUAUUAAUUUUUUUCGCAGUAAUAAUGGAUCAUAGUUCAAGGGGUAUAGUGGUAUAAGUUGAAAAUUGUGUUGUUUUAAGUCAGCGCUGGCUGACGGUGAUGUUAGCUAACUAACGAGGCGAUGCGCUCAUUGACCUGGUCAGUUUCCUUUUGGAUUGAACAGGUGAAUCGCUUUCAUAACCUGCGUCGACUCGAGAUUCACCACAUCUAAAGUCAACUUCAUGAAUUGGUUAAUCUACUGGCAAGCACGUUGUUUCAGCGGUCAGAAAUCGUUUUAAUCUUGUAGCUACAAGAAAAGGCUACAAAAGGAAUUAUUAGCCCUGCAAAAUGAUCCACCCCCAGGAAUGACGCUCAAUGAAAAAAGUGUACAGAAUACCAUUACACAAUGGAUCGUAGACAUGGAGGGAGCACCUGGUACGCUGUAUGAAGGAGAGAAGUUUCAGCUGCUUUUCAAAUUUAGUAGUCGAUAUCCUUUUGAUUCACCUCAGGUAAUGUUUACAGGAGAGAAUAUACCUGUCCACCCUCAUGUGUAUAGCAAUGGGCACAUCUGUCUGUCUAUUCUAACAGAAGAUUGGUCACCAGCCCUCUCCGUGCAGUCAGUUUGUCUUAGCAUUAUCAGCAUGUUGUCCAGCUGCAAAGAAAAGAGACGACCACCUGAUAACUCUUUUUAUGUAAGAACGUGUAACAAAAAUCCAAAGAAGACAAAAUGGUGGUAUCAUGAUGAUACAUGCUAAUCUACAAACUUUGUAAUAAUUGUUGAAGAAAGAAGGCCUACUGACCUACAUAAAGCACUUUUUAAUCAUUCAGUCUUUGAACUCUGAUCUUUGACUGGAACAAUGGACACCAUGUGCUGCAGACUCUUGACUGCAUUUCUCCCGCGGGCAGUUGGAUGUAUGUUUUAGUCAGUUGUAACAUAGAGAACAUUUAGAUGCACCCAAGAAGGAUUGUUUUUGGCAACAAAAGGUAGUAAUGCAGCAUUCAAGCAACAAGGUGGAUUUGUAGUGAGAUAAUUAAUUCCUGUUCAAGAUUAUUGUUGCUUUUUUGCUUGUGUGCGGUCUUCAUUUUAAGGUCAUUGUGUUGUGCAAUAACUGAUGGAUGCAUGCUUGGGCCUACAAAGAGAAAUCCAGAUCAUUUUUUGGAAGGAAUCUGGCCAUCAUAACCCCAAGAAAAUGCGUCAUCUAUUUUUAUUUUAUUAUUAUUAUUAUAUGCACUGUGAAAGUAUCUAGUUUAAAAAGGCACUAUUAGUACAUUAUUCCCAGCUUGCAGUUGCACUGUAAGCAGUCCACUUAUUUAUCAGGUUUUAGUUUGUAAUCACUGACUCAAAAGCAGAUACAUCUUUUUUUUUUUUCAUCUUCCAACUUGAGGCCUGUGUUGCAGUUCUUCCUGCUGCUGUUGGUACAGAUGUCUGUGCAGAUUCUCUGGUACAGAUAAGAAUGAAAUAGAUUUGAAGAUGUUUUAGUCAGAUGAUGACCUCGGUGCAUACAUCUCCUUGAUGUGCUGGGCUGAACUCAUGUAGUGUUUACUAGUCCAGCCUUGAAGAUGUGGAGCGGCGUCUCUUCCAUUUGAAGAAUGUAUGAGAGGGAACGUCGUUGCAUGAUCCAUCAUUAUUUCUGUGAUACUUAUUUUUAAUCACAUGCUUUAAUCUUCUAAAAUGUUUGAUUUUAAAUGGCUUGACUUCCUUUUUUGUACUGAUUUUGAUUUUGGAGAUGGAAAAAGAGAAUAUUUCUAGGAGACAAGGCUUUUGUGAUUUCCCCUGAUCAGAGUUUUGGCUCAGGUACUUUUUUCAAUAAAGAUAUCACCUCUAAAAAAAGAUACCUAUCAGAUAUUUUGAAUUUAACUAUAUUUUCACCAAAAGAGACUGUUAUGUUGUAAACUUAUAACAUGUCUGAAACUGUUGUAUAUGUCUUUAAAUUGUUGGAUGAUGUGAAAGACAUUUGCAGAGGAUGCACUUACUUUAUAGCAGAAUGCCAAUAGGAGUGCUUUAUUUCAUUGUAAAUUAGUUUGCAUCUUUUGCUAAUUAGGAUAUGUACAGUCAGGAAAAAAAAACUGCAGUUGGUUAAAAAAGUUUAGUAGUUUUACAGUGGGGGUGCAUGUACUUUGAAACCCUACUUUUUAUUAUUGGCAUCAGGCAUUGUUACAACUUUUUGUCUUUCCAUAACUUAGGUAUUGAUUAUUGGGGUGGCUAUUGCAAACCUCACCUCUUGAGACUGUAUGGCUGUUUGUUGUUUCAGACUGUAAUCACUCCAUUCCUAAGGAAAUCUUCAUCACCAUCCAGUCAGAGAUACUUGAAUUUACCAUCCUUGGUUGUUUGUCUUGCAUUUGCUUUUUCCAGGGUCUAGCUGAGUUUCUUGAAUGGACUUGAGUGAAUGUGAUGAUACUCUAAAAUGUAGAGGAUAUUACCACAGCACUCCGCUAUCUCAAAACUAUAUUGAUAACUUAAAGAUAUAUAUUUAACCACUGAUUUCUUUUAUUAGCUUCUUUAUAAUGGUCUUGUCUGCUGUCACUGUCUUGUGAGGAAAAAGAUGGAACUGAAAUGAUUGUUUAAGAUGCAGUUACAGCAGCACUUGUUCAGGGCAAAAAGCCUUCACACAACUGAGAAAUACGUUAGUGCAUAUAUUACAAAGGUUUAGAUGGGAUGCUGAUGUUUUGUGUUUGUUUUUCUAUUUUUUUUCUUUUAAUGUGGUUUGAAGUCUUAUUUUGCAGGUUGCUGUAAGUAAUCAACACUAAUGAGAGUGUGUUAUUUAUAUUUGAAAACUUAUUCUGCGAGCUCCAUGUAAGAGGUGCCUGUUCAUUUUCAUAAUCAAUAAUAAAAGCAAAGAUUCACUUUUA